AUGGUAUAUAAAGGUCAAAGAUCUCUUGUAUCUUGUCUAGUCUUGGCUUGUUGUAAAAGAGUAGAACUGCAACUAGCAAUGACCCUAAGUAAGAUCACCAUCUCUGCCAUGAAAACCGCUUCCAAGACUUUUGUUCCUAAAUCUGGAUUGCAAACUACUACUUUCCCAACUGUAGCCUCUUCUAGCCGUUAUUACGCGGUUCAGUGCUUCCAAAGUGAGCACAGCAGAGGUUUGGACAAUGCAGUUGAAAAUGGUGGUAGAGCCACUAGACCAACUGUUGUGAUUAGCAGUGACAAUGAUGAAAUUGAAACAGUUUCAGGCCAUGUGAGGGUUUAA